AUGGAAAACUACGAGCUGGAGAAAAACUUCCGUCCUAACAGGAAUCCGGGGGUAGUUUUGAUCAAGAAGAGAACGGUGUUUUUGUUGGUCUCUAUUACACUGUUUCUUUUGGUUGCUGUGGCGCUUGUGUUUUAUUUUAUUCCCCAUCGUUCAGCUGAAUGUAGCGACCAACCAGCACCCGUUGAACACACAGGGUUGCCCCCAAUCCCGGAAGACGAACCGGACAUCGUGGAACCAACAUACCCCUUCGAUGGACGUCUACCGAACACUUUUGUACCUGAACACUACUCCAUAUGGAUGAAAGUUUACAUGGACCAAGAAGAUGAAAGCCGGCAGUUUAGUUACGAUGGCGAGAUAAAUAUUACGAUGAAAUGUACAACACAGUCUACGGUGAUUAAAGUACAUUACUGGUUACUAGACGUCGAUUUCAACUCGAUUGAAAUUUAUCACAUGCCAGAUAUGAAAGAAGUUGGCACUAAGCACGUCUCCUCGGACGAUACGUAUCACUUUCUAGUCAUCGAAAGUGAAGAGUCUCUUAACGAAAAUGAAAUAUACAUGGUGAUGAUUCGAUAUAUUGGAGAGCUGCGUGAAUACGAUUUGUACGGGUUUUAUAGGAGCCAGUACAUUUACCAAGAUGAGACGAGAUUUAUCGCAGUGACUUGCUUUCAACCAACCGGUGCUCGGAAUGCGUUUCCAUGUUUGGACGAGCCUCAACUAAAGGCAACGUUCGAUAUAUCUAUAACUCAUCGACCAAAUCGGAAGGCAUUGUCUUGUAUGCCUGUUUCCAUGACAACAAGUGAUGGAGAAUGGAAUACCACCUACUUUAGUAAAUCCGUUGUCAUGUCAACAUAUCAUGUUGCGUUCGCUCUCUUGGAUUUCCCGAGCCUUGAAAAGACAACUGAUACUGGAAUCCAGUUUCGAGUAUGGGCUGAACCGGACCAGAUUCAUGCCGCCGAAUAUGCUUUAAAUGUUGGAGUGAAGAUGUUGACAUUCUUUGAACGAUACUUCAAUUUGCCACAUCCGAUACGGAAAAUGGACAUGGUGGCGUCACCAACAUUCAUAUCAGGUGGACUUGAAAACUGGGCACUUAUCGUUUACCAGGAUGCGUAUAUGCUGUAUGACCCGGAUGUAAACACACCUGCCAAGCAGAAAUCUGUUGCUAGUAUAAUCGCACACGAGCUGGCACAUAUGUGGUAUGGAAACAUAGUAACUAUGUCGUGGUGGGAUCACUUGUGGUUGAACGAAGGUUUCGCCUCAUUCUUAGAAUAUGUAGCGUUGGAUGAAAUUCACCCUGAAUGGAAAAUAUGGGACCAAUUUCUUACUGAGGAUUUGCUGAUUGCCUUUAACAUAGAUUCAUCGUACAGUGCACCGUCUUUAGUCAGGUCUAGCGGUGGUUGGACCCAUCAACUUUGGGACAUGUUUGAUACUAUUACGUAUGACAAGGGAGCUGCUAUUAUUAGGACAUUCAAGUCGUUUCUAAGUGAUGACGUCAUUCGCAGUGGAAUUAAUGAAAAUUAUUUAAUGACCAACCUGUUUGGUGACGUCGUUACCGAUGAUCUCUGGUAUUCUCUUGCGAAGGCAGAUGCGGACAGAAAAGGAACAGACGUUAAGGCAAUGAUGGACAGUUGGGUUCUACAACCAGGCUUCCCGUUACUAACAGCUACUAGAACUGGCACACACACAAUCAAAUUGGAACAAACGAGAUUCAUUCUCGAUUCUAAUGAAGAACAGCCCAGUGAUCAUCCAAAGUGGAAUAUACCAUUAACGUACACGCAUGGAGGUGAAAAACACUUCGAUUCUCCAGAAGAAGCUUGGUUUCUGGCAGACAGACAAUCAGAGACUCUUGUCAUUGAAGCGCUUUCAAAUAACGAAUGGUAUAUAUUGAAUAUAAAUCAAAAUGGUUAUUAUCGUGUUAAUUAUGAUACUGCAAACUGGGAGAGAUUGGCACACCAGCUAAAUAAUGGUCACCAGAUCUUCCCGACUCAGACUAGGGCGUCACUAAUUGAUGACGCCCUCACAGUCUCAAAAGCUGGCUACUUAGAUCACGUGUAUGGUUUGCAAUUAACCGAGUACAUGGCAAAAGAGUUUGAAUACGUCCCAUGGAAGUUAUUGCUAGGACAUCUGCCUUUCACUCAUAGGAUGUUACUAAGAAAGUCAGAAUAUGGACUCUUCGAGAAAUACUGGCGAAAUCAGAUAAGUCCGCUGUACAGUUCUCUUGGAUGGAAUUUUACGCAUAGCAGUUUACUUGAUUAUUACCAGCGUGUCAAUGCUAUAAACACAGCAUGUAACUAUGGUAACAGUGACUGUAUAGAUGAAGCUACGAGAUUGUACGCUGAAUGGAUGGAUAAUCCCAUGUUUAAUCCAAUUCGCGACGAAUUGAAAUUAACAGUGUAUUGUACUUCUAUCAAAUACGGCGGCGUGAAAGAAUGGCAAUUUGCAUAUGACCAAGUCACGUGGAAUGGGGUAGAUCAAGCGGAAACCGUCACCCUGGAAUUAGCCAUGGGGUGUUCCAGAGACGGUUGGUUGUUGCAAAGUUAUCUAGAGCGUUACCAUGGUAAAAACUCAACUUUAACUGCAAUAGGCAACAUUAGAGACAAGUCUGGCAUUGGAUUUACUCUAGCGUGGCAGUUUGCAAUGAUGCAAUUCGAGGAACUUUUACAGAAAUUUGAUGACUACGCGUAUAUUAUUGUAUUUGACUUCCAUCCAUGGAUGAACACUGAAUACGAUCUUAAACAGUUGUUGGAGUUUGGUGCUCGCUACUGGGACAUGCCAGGGGUAGCAGCCAGGGAAUUCUAUAAAACAAUAAAUAAAGUAAAAGACAAUAUAAAAUGGAUGGACAGGAACAGAGACGGUAUCAGAACUUGGCUGUCACGGGUUACAAAUAAUACUCCAAAUAGCGGAGUGAAACGUAGUAUAUGA